AUGAUCCGAUUGGGUGCAACAGGCUCUCAGGCACACCUCGAUCUGUGCCGCGCGCUGGAGACCGUGUUUCGUCGCGAUGGCGUCGAGUUCGAUUGGGUGCUCUAUUCCGGUUACGACGAGAUGGUGGAUGCCUUCGUACGCGGCGAAAUAAAUUUGGCCUGGAACGGGCCGCUAUCUCAUGUAAAGAUGCGGCGGGCCUUGGCUGAUGGCGCCCCCGUGCUGGCCCUGAGGGACGUCGACAUCGGGUUCACCACCCGGUUCAUCACCCGCGCCGACUCCGCCAUUGAUACUGUUGAAGACCUGCCCGGUACCCGCUUCGCCUUUGCCGCGCGAGACUCGGUGGAAGCCGGAUUGUUACCGGUGCAUUUCCUGAAAGAAAUGGGCAUCAACCCCUCGCAUUCUUUGGCCGCGGCGGACUUCUUUGACCAGCGCGACCCUCAGCAUUCCUCGGACCAGGUUGACGUGGCUCUGCAGGUGCUCAACCGGUCCUACGACGCUGGCGCCAUCAGCGCUCGCGCCAUGGAUACCUUGAAGGACCGACACGGCGUUGAUGCCGACCAGCUGCGCGUCUUCUGGACCAGCCCCGGCUACAGCCAUUGUUGCUUCACGGCAAGACCAGAGAUCGACCCGGGUGAGGCAGCACAGGUCACCGCCGCUUUGGUUGCCGUGGACGAUGGCGAUGAGGCCGGCCGUGCGGUCUUGAAAGCCGAGGCUUGCGACAGGUUAUUGCCUGGCAUCGAAGACGGCUGGGAGCUGGUAGAAGCGGCCGCCCUCUCUGAAGGCCUCCUUUAUUGA